AUGACGAACGCUCUGGAAGCCAAAAAGCCGAGACAAGAGGAUACCCGUAAGCCUCGACUGUUCCAAAAGUACGAUUCCUACCAUGAGUUAACGGUAGGAGUCGAGAAGGUCUUCAACCAGGUCAGCCGCGGGAACUUGCUGCGCCGACCAGAAGCAAUGAAGUCAGAUCCCUGCCGAAGGAAUCAGAAGAAAUUCUGUAGGUUCCACGGCGAUGUCGGCCACCACACCAAAGAUUGUGCCGACCUCAAGGACAAAAUCGAAAGAGUGAUCCGCGAAGGAAGGUUACAAGAAUUCAGGGCCGAGCGAAGACCCCGAAAUGACGGCCAUGGUGGGCAGAAUGACGGUCGACGCCGAGAGGAAAACCAGCGCCCAGAGGAUCGCGAACCCGUCGGUGUCAUAAGGACUGUCUUCGGUGGUCCCUAUAUAGGAGGAGACUCAAGGAGGUCUCAGAAGGACUACGCCCACGAGGCCAGGGGGUUUAUUAGGAGCGAUUCUGGAGCGUCUCCGCUACAAAGAUCCCAAGCCAUGAUAGGAAACCACACUGUGUGCAAAAUCCUGGUGGACAAUGGGAGCUCGGUGGACCUCCUAUACUCCGAUUGCUUGGAGAAAAUGGGGAUCCAAAAGGAGCAAUUGGAGAAAACCUCCAGGCCGCUAUAUGGUUUCAUAGGCGACUCCGUCCUCCCCCAAGGGACCAUCCGGCUACCCAUAACCGCCAGAGAGAAACUUCGACAGGUAACCACAAUGGCCAAUUUCGUGAUCAUAAAAGGAAGCUCCCAGUACAACACGGUAAUCGGGAGGCCAACCCUCCAAGCGUUAAGAGCAAUAACCUCCGUCUACCACUAA